AUUAAAAGCUGCGCCUGGAAGCGGGACAACAGUGUGCCGUAGAAGAUACCAACACCAACUAUUGGUAUCCGCCAGCAAAGCAGAACUCACGCGCUACGCCGAGAGUACGAACUCCUUUUUUGGCACAGUUCGCCCCCGCGAACUCCAUUUGCACACACACUAUCGCUCGUUUAUGGAUACGUUUGCAUAUAUACGAAAGUGUGGCUGCAAAAAGUCGAUUUUUCGCUAACAAAAAGUGCUCGACGCUAAGCAAACUUUAAAUGGCCCGGGUCGUAAAAGGAGAUUGCAAUAGUUGCAAGAUGUCCUGCGAUUCCGGAAAGGACCUCCUACGGUGGCCAAGGUGCUGCUGAGCUCAUCGAAGCGAGCAAAAGUUUUUGUGCCGUAUCCCCAGAAAAAUAACCAUCCCCCAAAUGCUGCUGUGAUUGAGAUAGGUGAUAAUGAGUGCGACCAAGGGCCCCCAUGUCUCCGCUUAAAAGCGCAAUAGUAACGAUAAGGACUAACAAACAACCGCAAGAGUAUUAGGUGACAACGUUGCACAACGGAGUCGCAGGAGUGUUCACGGGUUAAUCAGCAAACAGGAGGAGCAGUUGCAGGAUCUACAAGUUCCGGCGGAAACGGACGUGGACCAGGACCCCAAAUAGGCAGCCCUAAUGGCGGGCUGGCGAGGGCGGGGGCUGUGUGCUACGCUGCUGGCCGGGCUGACGUUACUCUCGGUUACCCAUUCGGUGCGCAUCACCAACCUGCGAGUGCCGCGCACUUACACGCUGUUGCGUGACCACGAACCCGAUCCUCUGGUGCUCGACUGCGAGGUGGAGAUCGGUCCGCGGGAGCAGGGAUUCGUCCUUAAGUGGCUGUUUAACAACCAUUCCAUCUACCAAUGGAUACCCUCGGUCAAGGGGUUCGCCAUGGGCUUCAUGAAGUCGAAGAUAGACACCAAAAUAUUCACUAUGGAGGGCAGUCCCGGUGUUAUAUCGAUAAAGAAUCCCGACUGGAACAUGACGGGGGAGUAUACGUGUGCGGUGCAGACCUUCGAGUCCACGGAUAAGCGGAGUGCCCGCUUGCAAAUAAUCGUUCCUGAGUCGGAUUUCAUGCUGGAAGCGCGGAUGAGCGGCUCUCGUAUGGAGGUGGACAUAAUGUGCGCCGUCCAGCACGUCUUUCCGCAACCCAUGCUAUCGGUCAUGUUUGACACCCACAUCCUGGAUUCGGUGCUGACGCAGUUGGACCAGGACCCCAGUGGCCUCUACAGCAUGACCGUGCGCACCCGCAUUCCUAGAGAUCAACUCGAGUCCCCCACCCCGAUCACCUGUGCGUUCAUCCUGGUUGGCACCAACUAUACAAAGCGCCGGGAGACUAUAUUCUAUGAUAAGGCCUCAACUAUACAACGCAAAUGGACAACGGUAGCCGUAGUCAUGUCCAUCGCAUCCUUAGCUCUAAGCAGUUAGUUUGGUAGUGUCCUUUAACGUAGGCUAUAUUUGUUUUUACGUUUGGUCUAGACUCUUUGAUACUCUUUAAUUUUUAAUAGAAUUUUAACGGAUAAACGUAAUUUUUUGCGGUAUUUUUAAAAGAAGCGCUUAUUUUGUACAUGCAUGUAUUUGUAAGGAUAACGAAACACAAAACAAACCAAAAAAACAAACACCACAAUGCGCAAGCAAACGAACCCAUAAAGACAUGAACUAUAAAAAACAAAAGUAACACGCAUAACAAGAAAUUCUUGUAUUCAUAUAUUUACCAUAUAAAUAAAAUAUAUAUGAUAGUUAUAUAUGAUGUAUAGGUCUAUUUGAGUACAGAAACGCUAAUAAAAAACGAAAAGAAACAUUAAAAGUGCAUUAAACCAACCGCCUUCGUCGUUGUUUUUCUUUGCAAAUAUAUCUAAAUUUUAAAAUUGUAUUUUAAUUGUAAAAUUACGAAUUCGAGCGUCCAUUCAAUUCACAUU